AUGUGUGAACAUGAUGGCGGUCGCCUUGUAAAGAUUGACAGUCAGAAGAAACAGCAGAGCAUUGUGGACAUGAUUGUGUCGACUCCAGAGCUUGCCAGCGUCGAUCAUUUCUGGAUCGGAGCUGACGACUCCCAGGAAGAAGGUGUGUGGCGAUGGACAGAUGGAUCUCUCGUAGAAUUCUCUAACUGGAGGGCUGGACGACCUAACGCGGGAAGAGUGGACGAAGAUUGCGCAGCGAUGGAGAAGGCAUCUUCCUACUCAUCGAACGACUACACACCAAAGAAAGAAUUUGUAUCACUUUGUGAGAUAGUAGUUUGA